UUAGAACUGAAUGUUACUUCCUCCUAACAGGAUAAGGUUGUGGCAAAAUGAGUGACGAAAAUGUAUGCUCUGUCUGCUGGGAUAAUUUUAAAUUUCCAAAAAUGUUACCAUGUAAACAUUCAUUCUGCAUUUCAUGUCUUCACGAGUUUCUAGGAGGCCUAACAGACAAGUCAAACUUAAUAUGUCCGUUAUGCAGGGAGCCUUGUUAUGUACCAGACAAAGGAUUUACAGACUUCCCAACAAAUUACUUUGUUCCAGUCGAGAAAACUCCAAAACUAUGCCAGGAAUGCCAAAAAUUACCCGUUUACAAGAAUUGUUACCUAUGUAGCACAAUUAUUUGCAAACAAUGUGAUCGUCUUCAUUCACAUGGUAAAAAGUCAGACAAGCAAGGUGAUGACGACACUGAAAAUGGUAGUAUCGCUUCCCUUCCUCCUCAUUUACAUUGGGCUCUCAUGCAUCAAAAUAUGAAGACAGAACUUUUAUGUCAACAAAUUUCUAUGUUUGUUGGAGAGUUUCUUCCCAUUGAUGAUAUACGGAAAUCCGUUCGUUCUAUUGCCGUAUCGAGAACUGGGGGUGCUUAUGUAAGAUUAAACGAAAAUGAAUUUCUUCUAAAAUACGAUAAGCAUGGAAAGAUAGUCAACAGAAUUCCUUUACAUGCAGAUGCAGCCACAGUGCUUGAGACGAUGGAUGGAUCACUGUUAAUUUCACAUUUUGCACUGAAAGCAGUCGUUUGCUAUGGAAACGGUUCACCUGACUCAAAACAUUUCUAUUUUGUGAAGACACCAACUUUUCAUCCAAUUGGUAUGACUGAAUUGCAGAAUAGGAAUAUUGCAGUGAGUGGACCAACACAUCUUUGUACCGCCAAGUGUAAAAAUAAUGAUUGCGAAUUAUCCAAGACUAGUCCUGGUGUCCUACACAUUUACACUAGACAAGGCACGUUAGUGAAAGAAAUUAAACAAGAUAUAAUGGAACCUAUCUUUAAUUUUCCAACUGAAAUUGCAUCUAAUAAUAGAACCGAAACAAUAGCUGUGUGUGACACUCACCUAAACAAAGUAAUCAUUAUAGAUUACGAUGGGAAAGUUCGAGGAUUUUUUAAAGGUUGGAAGUUACCGUUUACAUUAUUUUCAGAAAAUUUCCAUCCUUCGUCCGUGUGUUCAACUGCCGAUGGAUAUUUCCUUGUAGCCGAUCCUCACAAAGAAUGUUUACACAUACUCAAUCCGUAUGGCAAAUUUAUAGGUAUUGUGCGUGGUGAAGAUGGUGAUAGUUUAGCGGAUAGCAGUGCUGUAUGCGUUGAUGCUGAAAACAAUAUCUGGGUGGGACAUCACAGUCAAGGAACCAUUACCGUGUUGAAACCAAGCUGUUUUAAGAACAAAUUUGACCAAUUGCGCUUUCCUUUUCUCAAUGGUGAAGAUCUUCGAUUACCGUUCUUCCCCGGACUUCAUCUCGAUCCGAACUAAAUACCCCGCUUUGUUAUUCUUCAUGUGGUUUAUAUUAUAAUAACGAAAUAGAUCCAAUAAAUAAACUGUGUUACAUCAG